UAUGAUUUGGAGUUGACUUCGCUGGGGGGGAACAUGGAGUUACGGAGGUUGUUGGUUGCCACAGCUAAUAAGUCCAUUUUGGUGGUGGAGGACAUUGAUUGUACCAUUGAAUUGCAAGAUAACUUAGCUAAUCGAGCUACUGUUGUUCAUUCAAUUAAUGGUUUUGGUAUGCAAGAAAGCAAGGUGACAUUAUCAGGUUUACUGAAUUUUAUUGAUGGAUUAUGGUCGAGUUGUGGAGACGAAAGAAUCAUAAUUUUCACAACAAAUCACAUAGAGAAACUCGACCCUGCAUUGUUGCGACCUGGUAGAAUGGACAUGCACAUUCACAUGGCAUAUUGCACACCUUGUGGCUUCAAACUUCUUGCUACCAAUUACUUAGGGAUUAAAGAUCAUAAAUUGUUCAAAGAAAUUGAGGAAUUGAUUGACAUAGCCAAUGUGACACCAGCAGAAGUGGCAGAGCAAUUGUUGAAGGAGGAUGAAGUUGAGAAUUCCCUUAAAGGGUUGAUUAAUUUUCUUCACAAAAAGAUAAAAGAGAAUGAAGAGGUUAAGGCUAAGAAAGUGGAAAUAACACAAGUGGAAUCUGUUGAUGAGAAGGAGGAAAAUGUUGAUAAUGAGAUCAAAGAAAAAGAGGAAGAAAAGGACUUACUAAAUGGGGAAAGUACUUAAAUCCACAUAAAAAAAAAGUUUGUCUAAUCCAAUUUCAAGUGGUGUAGCGCCUCAUUUGAUCUAUAUAAAUAAUAAAAAAAUAUAUCUGGUAAAUUGUACAAUAUUAUACGAGAACUAUACUGUGAGAAUCCCUAUCACUUAAUCAUAUGAUUAGAAGAUAGUUUAUAUAAUUUUGUACGUAUUAAUUAAUCUGAAUUAAACGACUAAGUUGUAUUUCCCCUUGAGAAUAUUACUUUAUAUUCGCACUAUUU